UCGCGAUCUCGAGGCGAAGGAUCAGUCCAAGGCACGCCAGGGCAUCGAAAGAGUCCUCUUCUAUCGUUAGAAACGUCCAAACGGAACGAACCGCGGCCAGAACGGAAUCACGCGGUGCGUUAAUUGCGGUGGAACGCAAUCGAGCGCGUUAAUCAGCGAUUGGCAGGUUACGUAGAGCAAAAGGCAUGUUAGCAGCGCUGACGGACAGUUGCCUCAAAGCGCCCCAUGACGAAGUGCCCCCCUGGCGUAGCCCCAGACACCUUGUUUCGCAAAAACCGAUACCAGCGACCCGAUCGAAUCCUCGAGCACUCGAGGAUCAACCAGUCGAGGAUGCCUUACGGAAAGCUGCACGUUAUCCCGCUGAGUCUGUUCAUCCUGAUCCCAGUGACGUUUCUGAUUACAUAUACUAUUUCCGUCCAGUGGGAGCACGUGGUGCCAGGAUUCCCUUACAUAUCGGAAACGGGCACCCUGUCGCCGGAGUCGUGUAUAUUUGCCCAGUUCCUUAAUAUAGCCGCGCUGCUCCUUGCCUGUUGCGUGUACAUCAGACAUCGGCAAGUGUCCCAAUGGCAAUUCGAAAGGGGCAGCGACCUGGUUAGCCGAAGGAUCGUUGUUGUGACGGCAUGGUGCGGCGCUCUGGCGUGCUUCGGUCUAGAUAUUCUGGCUAAUUUUCAAGAAGCCCGCGUCGUCGCGGCUCACAUGAUCGGGGCGAUGACCUGUUUCACGGCUGGGACCGUAUACUUUUGCCUUCAGACGUAUUUAAGUCACAAAAUGGUCCCAGCAGUAAACGGUAGAAUCGUCGUCUACCUACGCGCAGGUCUUUCAGCGUUGACGAUAAUUUUAACAGUCGCCACGAUCGUGGCCGGCUACAUUUCUAUGCUGGAGUUUCAAGGCGACGAUUACAAGAAAUGGUUGCCAACAGACGGUGGCUGGGGUUGGCACGUUGCUAGCGCUAUUUCCGAAUGGGUUCUAGCGAUUGUCUACUGCGUGUUCCUUCUCACAUUCGUUCCAGAAUUUCGGCUAAUCAAUUUCGAGGAUCCUGUGGUCAUGCUGAUAUACUUGGACUAGGACCGAGACAUCGGAACGUCGCACAGGUUGAACCCGCAGGUUCCAGGAUGAUGAAUCUUCUCAAAUCUGUGAACACAUUGAAUUCUAAUUUGUAUUGCUUUGGAAAUAUUAGUUUAUAAAUCAUUGAAACGAACGAA